AAGCGUAACACUACUACUUUCUACGGCGGGAGAUAAUCUGGAACUCUCUGGUUUUAACACAUUGAGAACGAACGUGAACUUCAUGCUGAUACAGGUACCUGGAACGGUAAUUCUGAUCAUCCAGCAAGCUCAUCCAACCUCCAACCUCCGUAAUCAACAUGAAACACGACGAAGGGGCAUCAUUCCCAGAUAUGCCACUCAUCAGGCGAGUCCAUCCGACCAGCGACGAGACGCCACCCUGGGUUGGCAUCUUUUUCGUUCCGUCAGUCGGCUCCGAUGAGCUGGCCGAGCAGCUCAAAGCCAGGUACCCGCAAUGUCAGACUCUUCGCGAGAGAAAACACAUGGCCGCGAUCGAAUUCCUCAAGCUCGAACUCGACCGGAUACAGUCGGAGAGACUGGCGGCGAACUCCACUACCCAGAGCAUCCUCGAGUGCGCGCCUUCCGCUAGCCCGAUGACCUCCGUCUGCUACGAUGAAACUGUCGAGGGACAUAGCUGUCCGGAAAGCGUUCACAUGUCAGACUCGCCCGCUAGAUCAAGAAAGCUUUCAUCAGGCGCGGAGCUUGAUGCGCGACAGACGAAGUCACGGAGUGCGAAAGCCCAGCGUCUUCCGACAGACACAGCAGCCACAGCGCAUGGUCAGCAGUUUGUUUUCAACGCUGCAGAUGGACGGACGAUGGAGCCGAAGACAAAGAGAAAGAUGACUGUGCAAGAGAAGGGCGAAUACAAAAGGACAAGAAAGCGCGGUGCAUGCCCGAAAUGCCGGCGCCACAAGGAGAAGUGCACGCACACAAUUGACCACGCUGUACAACUUGACGGUUUAGAAAAGCCGGCGAAAGCAACGAAAAGGAGGAGCUCAAUGUGUCCUACAACGGAUGAGGUGAUUUUUAACAAGUCACACAGAUCCGAGCACGCAUCUGACGUCCGUCACCUCGCUUCCGAUCUUCCGAAACAGCUUCAACUCCAAGUUUCAGGCCAACCGGCAUUUCACCACACGUCGAGCGAGGUUCCAACUCGUGGUGAUAUCGUGCUGGUCGACGCGCAGCGAGAAGUCGAUCUGCGAAGCAGGGAUGGCUCUGAGAGAUCUGGAACACCGUCAUCCGUCAACUCUCAAGAAACGGCGGACUCAUAUCUGCCUGUCGCCCAGAUACCGGCAGUUAUGUCUGCGGCAAAGCGAGGGAGGGAUGGCUAGCGUUUGGUUCGAAUACAUGUAUAUACGGGGGACCACAGUAAGCGGGCUUGAAUACAUCUAGGCUGAGGUAUUUGGGAGUCGAUGGAGUUGUACCAGUUCAGAGUGAGAAUGUAUACAUAAGCGAUAAGGAAGGAUGGUGUAUUUUAUGAUUUUCGUACGACAGGAC